AACAAACCGCUGACGGGAGGGUUGCAUAUCUAGUUGAAAUGUUUUCGCUUUUAAUUGUGAUUUGUAUACUCCCUAAACGUAGCUAUAAUUUUCAAAUUUUAGCAUUGCUUCAUUAAUUAUUUAGCCAACUUUUCUGGAUCUCUCGUUUAUGCGUUUCUUUUAGUGCAAUAUUUAUCUGAUUAAUUUCUGAUCUUUGCCCUCUUUUAUCAGUGUUGGGUGCAAAACGGAAAUAAAAAGUGUUUGAAAGAGUAAAAUUGAUAGAGAAAUUGCAAGAUUUAUUUUUGUACUAAUAAUUCUUCUUUCUGUGUUGUUCAGAUUGUCAUGCGUCUAUGACGUGAAACAUUGGAGUACAAAUUAUCAUGGCAAAAAUCAGACAACUUGUACUCCUUAUUUGGAAAAACUUUAAAUUGCAGUUUCGUCAUCCUUGGGUUACACUUUUGGAAUUAGGAGUUCCUGCAUUUUUCUCACUGUGUUUAGUUUUUAUACGUUCUGUCAUCACCUCAGAAUAUGUUUCUGAUCCGAUUAUUUAUGAGCCAUUCAGUAUUGCAUCACUGCCACAAAAUCUGACUAUUCCUGGGCAUAAAAGGUGGUUAGUACUUUAUGCACCUGAUGCUGAUUUUAUUACUAAAGUUAUGGAAGAUAUUGCUGUGGAUUUGGAUGUUAGAACAGCAGGUUUCAAAAAUGAAGAUCUUAUGCUGGAACAUUAUUCCAAUAAUACAUCUGUAGUACUUUCUGGUAUAGUUUUUGACAGCAUUAUAGAAAAUGGGAUUAAUGAUACAGAAAAUAUUAAAUAUAAAGUACGGCCAAAAGCUGCAGAAGGUGGUAAUUCUGCAUUCAAAAAUACAUUAAAAACCUGGUUUACUGAGUACACAUUUGCAUUAUUACCAGCAUUAGGUCCCAGAAAUAGAUACUCUGCUUGGGGCGGUAGUCCUGGUUAUAUGUCUCAGGGAUUUUUGACACUUCAACAUGCUGUAGCCAUGAGUUUGAUACAAAACAGCCUCUCUAAUUCUAGUGAAGACAUUAAAAACAUUAUAAAUGUAGAGAUGUGUAGAUAUCCAUAUCCACCAUAUCUUGAUGACAAAUUUAUUGUGGCUUUACAGUUAUUUUUGCCUAUGAUUAUUUGCUUUAGUUUUAUUUAUCCUGCUGUUAACAUAGUGAAAAAUUUGGUUAUAGAAAAAGAAAAGAAGUUAAAGGAAGCAAUGAAAAUGAUGGGAUUAAGUAGGUGGUUACAUUGGACUGCUUGGUACUUCAAGUAUACUGUUCUUCUUUUUGUAUCAUGUGGCAUAAUUACGCUUUUGCUCUGUGUAAAAUUUCAUGAAGAUAUUGCUGUGAUAAAUGCAAGUGAUCCAUCAGUAAUACUAUUUUGGCUUCUCUUCUAUUCCAUGAGUACCAUCUCUUUUUGUUUUCUCAUCAGUACUUUAUUUUCUAAAGCCAAUUCAUCUGCAGCCGGAGCUGGGGUCAUAUUUUUCUUAACCUUUGUGCCAUAUUUUUUCAUAUUACCAAGAUAUAACACAAUGACUUAUGUUGAGAAAUUGAUGUCAUGUUUGCUUCCAAAUUUAGGAAUUGCUAUGAGUUCCAUUGUUCUUUCUGUUGCAGAAGGAUCUGGUUCAGGGUUACAGUGGUAUAAUAUAGGAUCUCCUGCUACUCCUGAUGACACACUCAGUGUGUCAUUAGUAAUUACCAUGUUUAUUGUUGAUGGAAUUAUUUGCCUCAUUUUGACAUGGUACAUAGAAGCAGUUUUUCCUGGUGAAUAUGGUGUUCCUGAACCUUGGUAUUUUCCUUUUACCAAAUCAUACUGGUGUGGUCCUGAUACAAAUUAUUCAAAUAUUAUUCAGUUUUUUGAUUCAAAUGAAAAACAAGCAGAAUUUUUUGAAGCUGAUCCAGCAGAGUUAAUGGCUGGUAUACAGAUUCAAGGUUUAACUAAAGUAUAUGGAAAAGGAACCACUCCAGCAGUGAAUAAUUUGAAUUUAAACAUGUAUAGAAGCCACAUAACAGUAUUACUUGGUCAUAAUGGUGCAGGAAAAACAACAACUAUAUCCAUGCUUACAGGUUUGAUAACUCCAACUUCUGGUACAGCCAUAGUGAAUGGUUUUGAUAUUUGUGAAGAUAUGGAUAGUGUACAUUCAAAUUUGGGAAUUUGCCCUCAGCAUGAUGUAUUGUUUGAUGAAUUGACUGUAGAAGAACAUUUGUAUUUCUUUUGCAAACUAAAAGACUACAUAGCUGAUUUGGUACAAUCAGAAAUAGACCGUAUCAUCAGUUCUCUUAAUCUUGAAGAAAAACGGUAUGCAAGAGCACAAACUCUUUCAGGAGGGUGGAAACGGCGUCUAUCUGUUGGCAUAGCACUUGUUGGAGGAUCAAGAGUAGUGAUAUUAGAUGAGCCAACAUCAGGAAUGGAUCCAUUUAACCGAAGGUCACUAUGGGAUGUACUUCAAUCAGAGAAAGAAGACAGAACUAUUUUGUUGACUACUCACUUCAUGGAAGAAGCAGAUGUUCUUGGAGAUAGAAUAGCUAUAAUGUCUAAUGGGGAAAUUCAGUGUUGUGGUUCUCCUUUGUUUCUGAAGAAAAAAUAUGGGGCUGGCUAUCAUUUGGUUAUGAUAAAAGAACCAUCGUGUGAAGUAUCAGUGAUUACCGAUCUUAUAUUAUCUCAUGUCCCAAAUGCUGAAAUGUCCAGCAAUAUUGGAAGUGAAUUAAAAUAUGUUUUACCUCAUGAAAGCAGUUAUUUAUUCCAUGGUUUGUUUUCUGAAUUGGAAAAAAAGAAGGAAGAAUUAAAGAUUUCUGGGUAUGGAGCAUCAAUAACAACAAUGGAGGAAGUUUUUAUAAAAGUGGGCCAGAAAUCGACCCUUGGUGAUAUUGGUGAAGAGUGUGUUCCUAAAGAAUCAUUUUCACCUGAUGACAGUGGGAUUCAUGUUUAUUCUGAAAGCCCUGAUACAUUUUCUGGUAGAGAUGUAGAUUUGGAAAGUAUUGGAUAUCAGCCUGAAUCAAAAAAUAUUGGAAUUUAUUUAUUUUUUCAGCAAUUAUUCGCACUUUUGGAAAAACGUGUUUUGCACUCAUAUCGUAACUGGAAACUGACUUUAUCACAACUAAUUCUUCAACCAUUUUUCCUCAUUCUUACGCUCUUAAUUUUGAAAUCGUUGCCUAAGCCUCAUGAUGAUCCUCCUUUGCAACUUGGUAUUCAAGCUUUUCAUGGAACAGAAAUACCAUAUGCUGUGAAUAAAAGUGAUGAUAGGAGCAAAAUUCUUGGAGAAAUUUUUGCUUCACAAUAUAAUGAUCCUGAAAAAACUGUUCAAUUGAAUGCGGAUACUGAAGGUCUAAUUCAACAUCUUAUACAUGAGGCUAAACAAGAUAUUGGAAAGUACAAUAUGCAUAACAUGGUUGGAGCUGUAUUCCAUUCUGAGAAUAAGAAAAAUGAAUCUACCAUAACUACCCUGUUUAAUAACCAAGCCUUCCAUUCACCAGCCAUAGCAUUAUUAGAAGUAGAUAAUACAAUAUUAAAAUACUUUAUAAAUGACAGUCAAUCAUUUUCAGUAGUAAAUCAUCCCUUGCCUCGUACUCUUGCUGAAAAGGGCAGGCAGCAACAAAUUCAAACUACAGAAGCAUAUCAAAUUUCUCAGGAUAUCAUGUUUGGAAUGUCUUUCUUGGUUGCUAGCUUUUCUAUUUUCAUAAUUAAGGAACGUUCUUCUAAUUCGAAACAUCUGCAACGAGUCAGUGGUGUUAAUUUAUUCUCAUAUUGGUUUGCAUCCUUUUUAUGGGACUUUCUUAAUUACCUAAUACCAUGCUGCUUGGUGUUGCUAAUAUUUUAUGGCUUUUCAACAGAAGGUCUUAGUUCAGGAGAGGAAUUAGGUCGUUUGUUUUUGUUGUUCUUUAUCCAUGGAUUCUCAGCUUUACCAUUUGUAUACUGCUGUACAUUCCUUUUCCUGUCACCAUCUACAGCAUAUGUUCGACUUAGUCUUUUCAAUAUAUUAGUUGGUAUUGCAUGUUUGUUAACUGUAACCAUCUUGGAGAUCCCAGAUCUUGGCGUGGAAUAUGUUGCAAAGCCCUUAGAUUAUACCUUCUCAAUUCUUAUCCCCAACUUCAGUUUGGGACGUGCUGUUAGCAACUUAUACCAAAAUCACCAGUUCAACAAGUUUUGCAAUAAAAAAGAAAUAAAACUUGUUUGUGAUCUGAAAAUACCACCAGUUUUUGAGCUAGUAAAACCUUGUUGUAAAGGUAAAUGUGGUGACACUUGUAUUCCAUGGGAAGAAAAUUAUCUUUCCCUGAAUUCUCCUGGAAUUGGAAAACAGCUGCUGUUCUUUGUUCUUCAGAGUGUAGUUUUUACAUCAUUACUUAUUUUAUGUGAAAUGAACUUCUUACGUUACCUCAGAUAUAAAAUUAAAAGCCAUAAAAUAAGGCCCAGUAGCAUUUCAUCUGUUGAAGACACUAUUGAAAAAGAUGUAAUUGAAGAUGAUGAUGUCAGAGCUGAAAGAUUAAAUAUUUUGAAUACUUCUCUCAUAAACCAAUUUGCAACAAAUCAUUUAGUUGUUAGACUUCUGACAAAACAGUAUGGUUCAUUACUUGCGGUUAACAAAUUGACAUUUGGGGUUCGAAAGGGAGAAUGCUUUGGAUUGCUUGGUUUGAAUGGAGCUGGUAAAACUACCACAUUCAAAAUGAUAACUGGUGAUGAAUCCAUAACAUCAGGAGAUGUUUUUGUAGAUGGCUAUAAUAUCAAGAAGGAAAGUAGGAAGGUUCAGAGUAGAAUUGGUUAUUGCCCUCAAUUUGAUGCAUUAAUUGAUCAAUUGACUGGAAAAGAAACUUUAACUUUAUUUGCUCGUCUCAGAGGAAUACCUGAAUUACUAAUUCCAGACCAAGUUAAAGUUUUAAGUGAACUUUUGACAUUUGAAGUACAUAUUAACAAGCAAGUAAAAGACUACAGUGGUGGCAACAAAAGAAAACUGAGUACAGCUGUUGCUCUCAUUGGGAACCCACCAGUAGUCUUUUUAGAUGAACCCACCACGGGGAUGGAUCCAGUUUCACGUAGAUGCAUGUGGAAUGCUCUUUUGCAAGUCUUAGAAUCUGGGCGUUCUAUUGUAUUAACUUCUCAUAGUAUGGAAGAAUGUGAAGCACUGUGCAGUCGUUUAGUAAUUAUGGUGAAUGGAAAAUUUUGCUGUUUAGGUAGCCCACAACAUCUUAAAAAUAAAUUUGGAAAAGGAUUUACUUUGAUGAUAAAAGUUGGUCGCCGACCCAUUGCGAGUUUCUGCCAGAUGAAAAAUGCACUCCAUACUGUAACAGAUAUUGCUGGCAGUUCAACCUGUGAAUGGUUGCCAACUGGUAAUCCUUUGUUACAAGAUAUUGAUGAUGUAAAAGCUUUUGUUGAAAGGACAUUCAUGAGUGCAACAUUAAAGAAUGCUCAUGAGACUCUUCUUCACUACCACAUUCCAAAUCCUCAGUUAACCUGGUCUGAGAUAUUCCGAAGCAUGGAAGAAGCUAAACAGUCUUUGAAUAUUGAAGAUUACAGUGUGGGAGAGACAACUCUUGAGCAAGUGUUUUUAAAUUUUGCCUUGGUUCAACGAGGAGCAGAUAUUUUAACACUGUAAUAGAUGAUAAUCUACAAGUUUUUUCAUUAAGAUAAUAUUCUGUAAAAAUCUACUAAUGCUCCAGUGACCUGCCAUAAUAUUUAAUAAACAAUAGUCUCUGGUAUAAAUAUGAGAAAUAAUUAUUCUAGCCUAUUUUAAAUUAUAGCUAGAAAAAUUAAUGUAUCAUUACUGAUUGUUAUCAGUUUUGGGUUGCUUUACAUUCUUAAUAAUUAGCAUUCUUAUUUAACUCAAAUUUUUUAUUAAUGGUAUAUUUGGUUGGUCUAAGGAAUCACAAAUCUGGUGCAUUAAAUCAUCUAUCUGAUUGAGUUUCUAAACUUAUAAUUGUUAUUUGUUGUAAAUCUAUGAUGUUCAUGUCUAAUAUAUAUAUAUAUAUAUUUUGAAUUUUAUGUCUGAUAUUUGUGAGUUCAGUUCUUUAUCUGUUUAUAAUUUCAUACAGCUUUUUUUAUGACAAAUAAAUUCUCUCUAUUACUAUUCUAUGACUUUAAAUUGUGAUAUGAUGAAGAAAAGGGAAAAUCUCAGACUGAACAGUAAUAAUCUACUUACUCGUUGUCAUAGGUCAAUAAAUGUAUUAUCUAAUUUAAAUGGUGAACUCAGAAAUGUUAUUAUAAUUUUUUUUAAUCUUACAGUUGGUGUAUUAAAAAUUUAGGAAAGCUGCUUUCUCGUACAUAUCUAUAUCUUUCUCUCUCUUUCUGCAUAUAUAUAUUUAUGUAUAAUUUAAGAAUUAAUUGAAAUAUACUAAACAUUGUAUGUCUGAAUGUGUAUGCUUCAUGUACUGUAUAGCAAAAGCACUAGGAAAGAUAAUAUUAUUAACUAUAGUGCCUUUAAUAAAUAAAUCUGAAUCUGUGUAUAAAGUAAAAUGACUCCUAACACUGAAUAUUUCUUUUUUAUUAGGUGUACAAAGGCAGUAUAACCUUCGAUAUAUAUAUAUAUAUAUAUAUCAAAGGUUUUGUAUGUAUAUGGGUACAAUAUUUUUUUUAAAAUGCGUUAAAGUGCAGAAUUAUGUUACUCAAAUAGGCCAGUAUAAUCCUAGAGAUGCUGUUUUGGUCAGGAAUUGAAUCUAGUGCCUGAUGACAAUUGCUGUAAUUAUGGUAUUUAUUUAAAGUCCAUUGAUUAAUUUUGUAAUUAGAGUAAUAAUUUUAUACAUGACAUUAGUUUUCACGUCUCAUCUAUCAUUAAUUUUAAUAAGGUAAUUUCUAAUAUUAAAAAUAUGCAUCAGAUUUGUUUUUCUUGUAUAAUGACAAUACAUUAUUCAUUGAAGUUCAUUUUUCAUACCAUUCUUUUAAUUAUUUAUACCGGAGCCUUCUCCUUUAUGAGAAAUGAAACUCAUAAAAAUUAUAAAUUUAUGGAUUUGUAUUAAAGUUUUCUAAUAUAUAAAACCAUUUGUAACUACUUUUUAAUAAUUUGGGAUAUGUAAAUAUAAAACGUCAAUUUGUAUAAUAUUCUGAAGAGUAUAUGAACAACAUUCAGAGGAAUUCUCUGUUUGAUUGGUAGGUAAGAAUAAUUGUUAUGCAGCUGUUUUGUAAUUCCCUUUGUAUAACCACAUAUUUUUUAUUUUAGUACAAAAAAAAAACGUUAGACAGUAUUUCAUAAUUUUAUGCAUGUAUAUAAAAUUCAGACAUUUGGAUCAACAUAUUUUAUAACUUAAGUUCUGCAUAUUGAUAACAAAUGAUAAGUCAUUGAUAAGUCAUAACAAAUGCUAUUUUUUAUACAUAUAUGUAUUUGCUAGAUAUGCACAUUAAUACAGCAACCAAAAAUUUUGUCACUUAUUUUUUCUUCAUAUUUAUAUCAUGACUUUUUAGUUGCUUUUAGAAGGUCAUAUUUAAUAUAGUUUUUAAGUUAUUCCUCAUUUUAAUGUAUAUGUGUUAUUUUCACACAAAAUGUGAUACCAUACAGUAGAAAACAAAGUUUAACCAUAGUAUUUCUAGGAUUUGUCCUGUUUAGAUCAAGAGUACUUCUAAAUAGUUUCAGAAUGAAAAUUUUUAAAUAGUUCUUGUUUUUCUUUCAUUUCUUGGGAUUUAAUAAAAUUUUGAUCAUUAUUCUUUGAAAAGGCAAGCUUUUAUUCUGGAAUGUAUCAGAAUAUAUGAAAAUGAAUAUGAUUUUCUGUUUGUUAAAAUUUUGGCAAUACAAUUGUUUGUUUUUUUAAAUUUAUCAUAUUGUAUAACACAAAGUAAUUUAUGUAUGGGAGAUUAUGUGAGAAUUUAUUGAUAUUAGAAUACAUGGUAAAUGCAUGAAAAAAGAUCAAAUUUGUGUUUUGUUUAAGAGGUUAGCAUUCAUUGAAGAAAUUUCCAUUAUUUAGCUUCCUGGAUUACUUCUGCUGUAUGUAACUUGUUGUGUAUUUAUCUGUAACAAGUAAUGUGCAAUAUUAUAGUUUUUGCAUUUAUUAUAUAUUUCAGGAGUAGUGAAGAUUCCUUGUUUUGUUGAUUUAUAGCAACCAUACUUUUAAAUGGGAAGAAAAUAAAAUUUGUAUUCACUGUAGUUAUAUUUAACACCUUGUGAUUUUUCUGUUAUUGUUUCUAACUUUACACCUAUAGCAUAUUGUUUGUUUUCUUAGUAUAUGUUCUUGUUAAAAAUUUAUACUUAAAAUAUUGUGAUUCCUGUAUUAUUCAUUGUUGCAAUUUUUUAUUAAUUUAUACUUAAAUAUAGUGCUGAAUGCACUAUUAUAUUUUUUCAUAACUUUCAAAAUAUUUUUAACUAUUUUAAUAUACAUACUCUUGUUGACUUUAUGUAUGUAAUGUCUUUUGUGAACAAAGAGUAUUUCUUGACAAAGUGAUUAUCUUGAAGGAAUUUUUUUUUUUUCCCUUCCAUAAAUUAAAAGAAGUGUCUGUCAGAAUUCGAUCUGUGAUUUCUAAUGCAAAUCGUGUGAAGGAAUAUGUUUCAGAGGUAAUCAGAGGUAUUUGAUUAUCAUUGUGAAAUUUAACCAGUUAAAUAAUAAGUGCAAUUAUAUUAUUUCAGUCAGUUUGAUUAGCACACUUAAAAUUGAUUAACAUACUCUAAGAUGUAAUCCAAAAUUUUAUUUUACUUGAUUAACUAUCUAUUAAGCUGGAUUUAAGGCUUCUGAAAAUGAAUAUAGUUAAAAAUAUGUUGCUUUAAAUGUUUCAGUAAAACAGUAAUAGUAAGUAAAUGAAAUGACGCUAUAGAAUUUAAUCUCAUAUUUUUCUUCAAAGGUGCAGCAGGAGCAACAAGAUUAAGAUUGCAAGAUUGACGCAUCUAAUGUAAAGUAAUGUAGGCGCAUUUAAGUUUCAGAAUCUUUUCAAAAUAUAAAUGUAUUUUUAUCUCGAGUUUAAAAUUCACCUUUUAAAGUAAGGCGUUAGUAAACUAUUUCACUGUUUAAUGCUCUAUCAAAACUUAAAAUAUCAAAUUUUAAUGUAUAAAUGUAUAGAUAUAAUAAACAAGUCAUAUAUAUAUAGUAUGUAUAUGACUACUAAAGAAAUUUCUCCUAUCCCUGAAUCAUUUUAGCAUGGGUCUAUCUUAUCAUCAUAAAUCAUAGUUCCUUUUAGACAAAAUAAAUAGAACAGUGCUAAAAAAUUAGGUUAGAAUAAAAAUAAUGCAAAAGACAAAAUAACAAAAAACAACACACUUAUAUGCAUAAAUUAAUACUUAAGUAGAACUGAAAAGUGCAAAAAAAAUACAUUGAAGACCAAAAAUGUAUGACAGUUUAAACAGAAAGCAAGCUAAUAACUGUCAAAAUAUUUUGUAAUCUUCUGAAUAAUUAUAUAUUUCAUAAAAUUAUGACUUGAGGUUCAGUUGUUAAAAUAUAUGAUUGCACAAGAAGCUUGUUUUAUUUUGAAGUUUUCCAUCUGCAUACAAAAUAUUUUUUUAAAAAAUUUCCUCAUAGAUGGCUAAAAUUCUGAUUGAAAUUGUGAAGAUAAUCAUCCGUUUUGUGCUCAUUUUGAAUUUUUUAACUGAACUGAAACUGUCUGAAAUAAAAUGCUACUGGAACCUUAGAUGAGAUAGUAUGGGCUGCUAAUGGUAGCGACUCAGUUUAGUUAUUACUAGAUUGUUGCCCCCUUACAAUAAGACUGCCUUUUUGAAAUCUAUUUUAUUUUGUCUGAGAGAAGUUUUGAUCAAAUGUUUAAGGAUUUCACAGUGUUAUAAAUUGAACUGCUAGUUUGAAAUGCAGACUUUUAAAUCAGUGUCUCAGUUAACAACAUCCUUAAUUAAUUUAUCUAAUUCCCAAAGCAAUCAAAAUUAAAAACUAUAGUAAAAUAAUGCCUUCUGAGAUAAGACUAUGAAAUGCAAAGAAAAAAAGUAUAGGGGUUUAUUUUUGCUGCUAGUUGGAAAUUCCUUGUUUCAAAAAAUGAAAAGGAUUAGGGAUAUCUCAGAAUUUUCUUUAAAUUCAGAUUAAAUAUUUUCAUUUGGAUAUGAUUAAUAUAUUGCAAAGGCAUUGCCUAUAGAAAAUCUUCAUUUUCUGAUGAGAAAAAAAAUUACUGCGCGUGGAAGCUGCCACUUUGUUUAUUUAGUAAAUUAAAUUGAACAGAUAACUAAUAAUAGAAAACUAGGCUUGGACGGUUCUUAGUAAAAUUUCUCAAUAUGCUUCGAAAAUUUUGUGGUUGACGUACUAAUUUAGCGUAAAUAUUGUAAAUGCAUAUGCCUUUUGAAGAAUAUUUAGUUAUAUGGGAAAAAUAAUUUCUAAACUCUUAUAUAGUUAAUUCAAUAAACGUCAGGGACCGUCCCCCAGACCCUGUGCAACAGAUGCAGCCACACCGAUCAGCAAAAUCUGAAGUAUUUAAAGAGUGGCUGAACUGCAGAAUCUAGGAAUCACAAAGAUUGUACCAAAGCCUAGCUCGGGCACUCAUAAACGCUGAUUCUUUUGCAAAUUAGAAUUAAAUUGUAGCAUUACUUCAUAUAUCUAUAAUAUUUUUUAAUUUAAUACUGCCAAAGUUAUGUAUAACACUGCCAAAAUAUACAUAUAUAUAUAGUAGUUAAUCAAGUCAAUGAUAAACUAUUUUACGAAAAAGUUCUAUUAGUUUGAGUCUUUUCAUACACUGAUAUGCAAUUAGUCUAGCUGAAAGGUCUGUUUUUAUUCUUUUAAAAUUAGCUCAUUUUUCAUAUGCCAAAUGUAUAAAGUGUUGAUUAUUCUAGAUUAACGAUGAUGUUAAAAAUAUUCAAAACUAUUAAAAGUGUAUUCCUUUCGUUGUAAAAUUCAAACUGCUGAAAUAUAUAUACUUAUUCUUGUGGUAUUUUCUCCAAGAUUGAGAAAAAUUGUUAUUGAAAUUUUCUUUUCAUCAAAUUUAAUGUUAUUAAUAACCUAAUAAAGAUUUUCAAAGAUUGA